CCCUCCCUCUCUUCUUUCCUUCCUUCCUCGCUCCCUCUCUCUGCGGCCGCCGGUCUCUCUGUUCUGGCCCGGGGAUGGGGCUCUUGUCCCGCCAUCCGUCGCUCUCAUACACAGGGACCCCAACAGGAGCUUUGCUUUUCUCUCUCUCAAGAAGGGGCCCGGAGGAAGAGCGCGUGAGCAGAGCCCAGCCUGCCCGCGGGGCUCCUUCUAGGAGGGGGUGGAUGGUUCUUCCUGGUCCUGGUGGUCCAACCUGCCGUCGCUCCCAGCUAGUCCCGGGCUCCAGGGAGGGAGCGCGCGGCAGGCAGGAUUGAAUCGGAACCAAAAGCGAGCGGCUGGGCGGGCAGCCCCAGGGCCGGCCCUUUGCAAUCGUUCCCGCCGCCUCUCCGGCCUUCCAAAGGCAGCAGGGGUGACGGGCCCUCCUCGGAGGCGGGGGCGGCGGGGGGGGGGGUGCUGGCUCAGCGCCCAAGCCUCCCGGGCCAAGGGGUGAGAGGGAAGCCCUUCCCCCACGGGAGGCUCCCUCCGUCCGCAUUAGCCUUCCCGGAGGGCGGAGGCCAAGCCGGGCCCUAUUUAGGCGGGGAGGCCAGGCCAGCCGGGCUCCAUCCCCGGACGCUCCCGGCCCCGCGCAGCCAUGGGCCUCGAGCUCUACCUGGACCUGAUCUCCCAGCCGUGCCGCGCCGUCUACCUGUUUGCCAAGGCGAAUGGGCUCCCCUUCGAGGUGCGGAGCGUAGAGCUGCUGAAGGGGCAGCACCUGCUGGAUGACUUCACCAAAGUGAACAGUCUGAAGAGAGUGCCGGCCCUGAAGGACGGAGACUUCACCUUGGCCGAGUGUGUGGCCAUCUUGCACUACCUGAGCCAGAAGUACAACACCCCAGCUCACUGGUACCCUAAGGAGCUGCAGGCCCGGGCUCGGGUGGAAGAAUACCUCUCCUGGCAUGGCGACUCCAUCCGUGGCACCUUUGGCACAAUGCUGUGGAUUCGGGUGCUGGGCCCUCUCAUCGAUGUCCACAUCCCCAAGGAAAAAGCAGACAAGAAUAUGGCGGGCAUGGUCCAAGCCCUGCAGCAUCUGGAGCAGAAGUUCCUGCAGGACAAGCCCUUCCUCACAGGGGACAAGAUCUCCUUUGCAGAUCUGAUGGCAUUAGAGGAGCUGAUUCAGACUGUCUACUCUGGUUUUGAUGUCUUUGAGGGGAGGCCCAAGCUGGCUGCUUGGCGUGGGCGGGUAGAGGCCACCUUGGGGGAGAAGCUGUGCCAGGAGACCCGGGAAGCCCUCCACAAACUCUGUGCAGAGCCCAGAGCCUUCCAGGACAUCCCUUCAUUCAUGAAGGAGAGGAUGAAGCUUCGUCUUACAAGGAUUCCCUAAUGCAAGACAUUUCUGAACAAGGCCAUGAGUACUGGGGCCAUCCUUCUUCCUCAUCAUAUUACUUCCAGAUCCUGGACCCUGAGCAUGGGACACUAGUGUCUGGUAGAUGACCUUUCUUCAUGUUUCCAUUCCACUUUCCAGCGAUUUCCAAUCUCUGUGACUCCAAAUGUGCCACCACCACUUCUCCUCAAGUGCUAGCUCCCUUUCCCCCGUGAGAAUAUAAGCUCUUUGAUGGAAGGGACUGACUUGUUUAUUUUUGUAUUCUGAGCCCUCAGACUAGUGCCUGUCCUAUUCAGUAAGGACUGAAUAAAUGCUUUUUCAUUCA